GACGCCCCAUCACGUGACACGGAAGUGACUCCGAACAGGAAGAGGACGAAAAAAAUAACCGUCCGCGACGCCGAGUCAAACCGGACCCGCAGACACCAUGAACAGCAAAGGUCAAUAUCCAACGCAGCCAACCUACCCUGUGCAGCCUCCUGGGAAUCCCGUAUACCCUCAGACUUUGCAGCUUCCUCAGGCUCCACCCUAUACUGAUGCUCCACCUGCCUACUCAGAGCUGUUUCGUCCAAAUUUUGUGCACCCAGGGGCUGCCACAGUCCCCACCAUGUCAGCUGCAUUUCCUGGCGCCUCUCUGUAUGUUCCUAUGGCCCAGUCUGUAGCUGUUGGGCCUUUAGGUUCCACAAUCCCGAUGGCUUAUUAUCCAGUUGGUCCCAUCUAUCCUCCUGGCUCAACAGUGCUGGUAGAAGGAGGAUAUGAUGCAGGAGCCAGAUUUGGAGCUGGAGCGACUGCUGGCAACAUUCCUCCUCCGCCUCCUGGAUGCCCUCCCAACGCUGCUCAGCUUGCAGUCAUGCAGGGAGCCAAUGUCCUUGUAACUCAGCGGAAGGGAAACUUCUUCAUGGGGGGCUCCGAUGGUGGCUACACCAUCUGGUGAGGAAGCAAGGCCACCUCUGUGCCGGGAAAGACAUCACAUACCUUCAGCACUUCUCACAAUGUAACUGCUUUAGUCAUAUUAACCUGAACUUGCAGUUUAGACACAUGUUGUUGGGGUGUCUUUCUGGUGCCCAAAACUUUCAGGCACUUUUCAAAUUUAAUAAGGAACCAUGUAAUGGUAGCAGUACCUCCCUAAAGCAUUUUGAGGUAGGGGAGGUAUCCAUUCAUAAAAUGAAGGUGGGUGAAGCAGCCCCAAGGAUCUUCCUUUAAUUCCUCUGGAGUAAUACUGUACCAUACUGGUCUUUGCUUUUAGUAAUAAAAUAUCAAAUUAGGUUUGAAGGAAACUUUGAUCUUCCUAAGAAUUGAAGUUGCCAAAUUAUUCUGAUUGGUCUUUAAUCUCCUUUAAGUCUUUUGAUUUAUCGUUCCUGUUCAAUGAAACGCAUUAGCUGUCUGCCUUUUCCAUUCUCCGUCCCAUGUGGCAUCUCCAUCCUGUCUUCCAUCCCCCUCCAGCCAAUCUCCAUUGACUCAGUGGUGCAGGAUAGAAAGGCAGUCAGAUGGGUUUCCUUCUUUCCUUGCACUUUUCACACUUGCCAUCUUUCAGCUCGUCUUUCACAAGGAUCCUCUGAAGCCCCCAUUUUCUUCUGUUUUUGUAUCUCAGGCAAAAAUGGAGGGUGCCUUUUGGACCUCCUCACAGGUUGUCUCUGCAUACAUGAACCCAACUGAAAUUUGCUUUGGUGCCAGAAAAACUGAGCUUUGUUGAACCUAAGGAUACCAGUGUAAACUAUCCCAUAAAAAAAGUUUAAAAUACGAUAGGCAAGAGCAUGCAUUUCAAAGCUUGACUUUAGAGCCAAAUUAAGAGGUAUUUCAGAUCAGCAAUUGGUUACCAUUUUUGGUCAGUGACAGAUGCAGCCAAUCAUGGCUCUCAAUUCCUAAGC